GUGUUUCUCGGAAAAUGAGGGCUCCAAAAAUAACCCCCCAAAAAACAUAUAAGUCAGGUCUUAUUUUCAGGGGACCAUGAUAGAUAUAGAUGUCUUAUAGUAGAAACUGAAUAGUAAGACAGUGUAUAAGAAUCUGUAAUGUUUUGGGUUUACAAGAAUGAGGUGUGUGCUUAUUCUUGGUAGUCAGUGAAUAUGCAGGGUAACAAUGCUAAAUGGGGAUUAUGGGGGUUGUAAUUGACAACAUCAGGAAGGCUUUCUCAGACGCUUCCUGGUGUUUUAAACUUCACUCAUACAACAAUGAAAUAAAAUGUCCACCAGUUCCUGUGUAUUAUUUUCUUACCAGUAUUUAUUUCUUUGAGGAGAUCUUUCCAAUGAAAUAAUAAGAUCCAGGGUUUCAAUGGAUGGAUGCAUUGUUUUGUUUUUCUAUUGAUGUUGUUUUAAUUAAUGGUUGGGAGCUGCCCAAAGUUUGAUGUAAAAGAUGGGUGGCUAUAUAAAUGUUUUAAAUAAAACAUUUUUUAAAAAUAAAUAAAUAAAAUUAGGAGAAGUAUUUUCAAAACUGAUGAACAAAACCUGCUCUACAAAUAAUAGAAAUGAACAUUCUUUACUAGGAAAGCAAAGCACACAGUUGUGACUCCUCUCAAACUCAGUAGAUCAAAAGUAAAACUAAAAUCUGAGGGUCAGAAAACUCUCAGAAUUAAAAUAGAGAGGGAUAAAGGAAGUAAAUGUGGGGAAAAAUAUACUAGCCAGUGACGUGAAACACAAAAUUAAAUACAAAAGAAAACAAAGGGGGAGGGAAGGGGUAUGAGAUUAUUUAUACACACACCAGAAGUGGUUCUCCUCCAGAUUCCUGCAGGCUGGUCUUGUUGAGUGUUAAAUUGCAAGGGAAACAAGCUGAUUUAGCAAAGUGCAUCAGAAACAUUGUCUCUUACAGCAGCGGGAAGAGUGUGGAAGAGUCUGAAUAUAUACUGUAUCUGUAUAUUCCACCACACAUAUUCCUCCCACCCCCACCCCCACACACAAAAAAGACAGAAAUGGCACACGUGAGAAAAAAGUUUAUUGAGAUUCUGGAAAAAGUCAUGAAAGAAGGAGAGCAGAUGACACCAGAGGAGAUGCUGAUUAUGCAUGAAGGAAUUGCAUACCCGACUGUCUUUUGUAACCCAGAGCAGUUCAAAGCUUUGGAGGCCUUCCAAGCCAGGAGUGACGAUGUAGUUCUAGCAGGAUAUUGCAAAUCUGGCACCAACUGGGUUGGCCAGAUUGUUACUGAUUUAGUAAUAACAUCUGCAAAGAAAUAUGAACCAGAGAAGUUGGAUGAAAAACUUCUGCUAGCGGAAUUUCCAUAUCUCGAAAUAGGAGAUACUGAAAAGUAUAAGAGGAUGGAUACUUAUCCUUCCAGGAGAGUGAUGUUUACUCAUCUCCGUCCUGAUAGAUUCCCACCAUCAAUUUUCCAGAACAAAGCCAAAGUACUGAUGCUGGUUCGAAAUCCAAAAGAUGUUGCUGCAUCUUUUUUCCAUUUUUCAAACAACUUCAGUCCUUAUCCUCCCUAUGAUACAUUUGAAGAGUUCUUCCGAGCUUUAAUGAUAGGAAAAAUGCCCUGGGGAUCCUAUAUAGAGUAUCUUUGUACAUGGAACAAGUAUAUUGAUAAAGAAAAUGUCCUGCCAAUAACAUAUGAAGAGAUAAAAGAGGUACAGUUCAGACAUAUGGGUUCUUAUAUUCAUAAACAGCAAGGAAUGGAAAGACUUAGAGAAAGAAUGAUGUGAGUUUCAAGGUGGAGUAGGAAUUUAAGACCAUAUCUUUCUGGAACAAAUCAGAUCAGAAUUCUAAUCACUGCUAGAUGUGCAGAAUCCAUUCCAGACAACAAUGAAGCUUUCCCAACAUUUCUACCAGAGUACAAGGCACAUGCCAAAAUAUUCUACACUUUCCUUAAAUGCAUUCUAAAGAAACAGUUAAAAAGACCAACUAACUGAAGCUCUUUUACUGGCCUCCUACUCUUAUUACCAAAAUGAUC